AUGACACAAGUAAAAGACUAUUUGGAUAGUGAAUAUCCGAAAGAAAAAAGAAAAGAAACAUUUGUCAUUGAAAUCUCAAAUAAGGAUCUCAAUGGUAUUUUGGACUUAAAGGAUUUCGAAAAUUUGGAAAAAUUGAAUUGUUCCUUUAACAAAAUAACUGAUAUAGAUAUCAGUUGUUGUUAUAAAUUACAAGAAUUAGUUUGUCUUAAUAAUAAUUUGAUUAGUACCGAUUUUCUUUCUUCACUUCCUUUUCCUGAGAAAAUCACUUAUUUAAAUAUAGCAAAUAAUAAUUUUGCUGAAAGUGAUUUGAGUUUCUUAAGUAAAUUUGUAAGUCUUGAGGAACUUCGUUUAGGAACCUUUGAUGAAAACAGAGUAAUUCAAAAUGAAUAUAAUCGUUUUUGUGGUUCUUUGAGACCAUUAAGAAAAAUGAUUAAAUUAGGAAUUCUAGACAUAAGUAAUACAGACAUUGAUAAUGAUUAUGGAUACUUGCCAGAAAGUGCAAGAAGCAUUAUUUAUUCCUCAAAACUGAGACCAGAUGCAAAAGUUAAAAACAUUGAGGAAGCAUUGAGACCUUAUAUAGAGGAAGAUGGCGAAGUAGAUAUUGAAAGGGCUAGGAUUAAUUUUUGGGCGACUUACGGGAUAGAAAUUGAAGGGAGACUUCAAGAAGAAAUUAAGAAUAAAAUCCAAGAAAUUAAGAAUAAAAACCAAGAAAUUGAAAAUAAAGACCAAGAAAUUGAAGAUAGAGAUCGAGAAAUUAAAAAUAAAAACCAAGAAAUUGAAGACAGAGAUCGAGAAAUUGAAGAUAGAAAUCGAAGAAUCGCUACUCUAGUUGGUAUCGGGGUGGAUCAAUUAAAGGAUUGGAUUAAAUUAAAUGAAGAAAAAGAUCA